GAUUUCAGGAACGCACUUUAAAUGGCAGGCUUGUCAUGUUGAUUUCGAUAUUCCGUAAUUUAUUGGCGUAGAGAAAUGACUUUUAUAAUUUAUUCCUUGAAUUAAACAAGGAAAUAGUGUACUGUAGACGAGAAGUGGCGUUGUGUAUUCAAAUAGUGUAUGUGUCAACCGUUUAUAAUUAAAUCUUCAAGUAAUAAAUAUCAAGUUGUCACUAAUAAUAUCUUUGAAUCGAUUUAUCUACAGAAAUAAUCUUGAGUUUGCCGUGAAUAUAUUAUCGUUAUGUCAACAAAGUAAUGAGCUAAUCGUUUGAUUAAGGAGUGAAAAUGUCGCUCGAACGCGAUAGUGUGGGCGGAGUGCCCAGUGUGGGGGAUAUACGGGGUGUAGUGGGCCCUACAGCGGGUGGCGCUGCUGCAGACCCUCGGUCCCAACUUCUGCAGGAGAUGAGGGAGCAGAACUUCGACCUGAUCAGAUUUGCCUCAUACAGGACAGCCUGCAAGCUCCGCUAUGUACAAAAGAAAUGUAACUUACACGUAAUAGACAUAUGGAAUGUGAUAGAGGCCUUCCGUGAGAAUGCUCUCAACACGCUAGAGCCGACCGCCUGUGUGAAUGUGACGAGAUUGGAAACCCUGGUGUCUUCUUUAUACCACAACUUGAACAAGAGACUGCCACCUGCUCACCAGGUGUCUGUCGAAGCAUGCUCCGCAUUAUUGCUGAACUGGUUGCUCUCGGCUUAUAGUACUGGGGAUAAUGUCGGUAAAAUUCGGGUGUUUUCAAUCAAAGUGGCGCUCGCUACUAUGUGUGCUGGCAAGCUGAUGGACAAAUUGCGAUACAUAUUCUCCCAACUGUCGGACGGCAACGGCCACCUCCUGAUGAAGAGGCUGUCGGACUACUUGCGAGAGGUGCUCGCCCUCCCGGCCGCCGUGUACGAGUCGCCCUCAUUCAGCUACACCGACUCACUCGCGCUCACUAUAUUUAAUCAGAAUGGUAAAAUCACCGUGAACGACUUCCUGGACACACUGAUGUCGGACCCCGGCCCGCCCUGCCUCGUCUGGCUACCGCUACUGCACCGACUGGCUAGCGUUGAAAAUGUGGUGCACCCCCUAGCGUGCAGCGUGUGCCGGCGCGGGUCGCUGACGGGGUUCCGCUACCGCUGCACGCGCUGCGCCAACUACACGCUGUGCCAGGACUGCUUCUGGCGGGGCCGCGUCUCCGCCACCCAUACCAACGAACACGAGGUCAAGGAAUAUGCCGCUUAUAAAUCUCCAUCGAAGCAGAUAGGCGCGACGCUGCGCAAGUCGUUCCGCUGCGUCCCGGAGCGUGCGCGUGCGCAGCUGCCGCGCUACCCCGACCAACCGGAGCGGACGCUCAACCUCAGCCAUAUCGUCCCCCCAUCCCCAGUGCCGGCCCACAACGGGUUCCCUGAGUACGUGGGUGGGUACGUCAACACUGGAUCCUUGGACUCCAGGUCCUCACGGUCUACGCAUCGCAGUAUAGCGGAGCACCUGUCUCGCGGGGUAGACGACGAGCACCGCCUCAUAGCGCGGUAUGCGGCCAGGCUGGCACACGAGAACAGGACCAUGCCAAGAGCCGGCAGAUCAGCGUCUCUUACUCCAGAACUGGGCCGUUCGUCAUCGGAGGGUUCAGAAGUAGACGCGGCCAGACAACAACGCGAGCUGAUCUCACAGCUAGAAGCUAAGAACAGAGAGAUCAUGAGAGAGAUUGCCAGGCUCAGACGCCAACAAGAAGCCGAGGCCAGUGCGGGCGGCGGCGUGGGCUCGGCCCCGCUUGUGUCGGAGCUCCGUCUGCUCAGACAGCGCAAGGACGAGCUGGAGGGACACCUGUCCUCGCUGCAGGAGUCACGGAAACACCUCAUGCAUCAGCUCGAAGGUCUUAUGAGGAUGCUCAAGACGCAACAGUCAUCUCCUCGGUCGACGCCGAACUCUUCACCUCGGUCCACUAAGAGUCCACCGCUACCGGGAACGCAGCCUCAACCUAGCGCGCCGGAGAGAGAGCCUCCGCCACGAGGUACAGUACGGAGUGCGCCACAAACGCCCUCGCUAGGAGAGAGGGAACGCAUUGAUAUGUCACACAGUCUUGGUAUGGAAAGCAUGGGCGGCGAUGCCAGAAACUUCCAUCAAAAUCAGCGACCGACUACCAUGGGCAUAGACAACCGUAGCCUCCGCAGCGACCUGCUGUACGCGGCGGAUUCCGUCACCAACGCUAUGUCGACGCUCGUUCGGGAACUCAACUCUGAGGGCUCCGAUACGGAAGGUACCGUUAAAGGUGACAGCAGAAAGCAAAGAGAUUUUGAAGAGGACGAUGACAGCGACGAGCCGAUGCCCCGGCCGCAGCCGCCGCGGCACUAUCUACACGACAACAACGUACAGAAAGUCACAGCGAGUGUUGAAACGCGUUCGUAAGCUUGCUAAGGAUACGCCCCCGCCGCUGCCUGCGCGCACCGGCCAUUACUACCCGCGCACAUAACCACAUCACAUACAUAACAUGUACUAUAAACUAUAUACUAUAAACUUAUCCUAUAUAGACAUAAUCCUAUUAUAUCACACACCAUUCUGUUCUUUACAACCGUUGUGUUAAAGAUCAUAGUCCUGUAGCAAGAACUAUCGUUUUAUUCCAUUUUUAAAUAUGUCAGUUAAUUUUGAUUUUUUGACUAUGGUAACACUAUUGUGAUGGUAUUGCAAGCCUAAGUCGUUUUUUGCUUGUAUUAUGUAAAAUAAUGUAAUAUUUUAUUGUUUUUUUAUCAAAAUACAAGCAUAUAUUUCGAGUUUGUUCUACAUAUAAUGUCAAAUGACUGGAUUUUAAAAUUAAUUUGUAAUGAAAUGUAAAAGACGAUGUUUUAUGGUUUUACAAACUGGUACAAUUAUGGAUGACAUAACAAUUAAUGUUAAUAAUUUUAUUUGUACGUCAUGUGCGUAUCAA